AUGGUUCCAUUGAUGUCCAAGCCGGAAACUUCGAGGACCAGCCAGCCCUCGACCGCGGGUGUCGAGUUUCUCACAUACUAUGCCCUCCCCGCGGUUUCGCUCGCGUACAGCGCCAUAGACACCAGUCCUCUCAGCAGAUAUGUGAUGCAUCCGUCAUGGAACUUCAUGGUGAAGUUCAUUCCAAAAUGGAUAGCUCCAAAUCUUCUGACAUUUUCUGGCUUCCUCUGUAUGUUGUUGUGUGUUUUAAUGCUGCUGGUCUAUGAUUACGACUGCACUGCAUCUGGAAAACCAGGAGAUGGAAGGAAAGAUGAAUACAGCAUACCGAAUGUAGUGUUCAUUAUGUGCGGAAUACUUGUGUUCAUGGCGUAUAAUCUAGAUGGUCUGGACGGUAAGCAGGCUCGUCGUAUCGGAGUCUCCGGGCCUCUAGGCGAGCUGUUCGACCACGGUCUAGACUCGUACAUCGUGUUCCUCAUACCAUACUGUUUAUUCUCAGUCUUUGGAAGAGAUCAGUACUCUAUAACUGUCUUCAGAGGCUACCUCAUCAUAUUAAGUAUUGUUCUUAAUUUCUACGUGAGUCACUGGGAGAAGUACAACACAGGAACAUUGUACCUGCCGUGGGGCUACGAUCUUAGUAUGUGGGUAUCAACGAUUCUGUUCCUACAAGCUGGUCUCCAAGGUCCCGUUAUCUUCAAGACCUUCAUCUUCAGUAAUGUGACAUUCGUACAAGCCCUGGAGAUAGCUAUACACGCCACCGGUCUAUUCACUACGCUACCGGUCGCUGUUUAUAAUGUUAUCUUAUCGUACAGAAAUAAGUCGGGUAGGUUGUUAUCACUAUGGGAAGCUCUACGUCCUUUAGGUCCUAUGAUCAUACUGACCAUCACUUCCACACUUUGGGCCCUAAACACAGCUGCACUGGAACAAGACCCUCGAGCAUUCCUACUGGCUUUCGGAACUAUAUUCAGUAAUAUAGCGAGCCGUCUCAUCGUGUCGGAGAUGAGUGGUCAGAGAUGCGACGGUGUUAGUUUGCUGAAUAUUCCACUAGUAUUAGUGGUAGUAGUGUCUUCCUAUGUCCCACAUUUGACGCUACCACUCAUGUACUUGCUGUUAAUAGUUGUUACAACCGCUCAUGUACAUUACGGUGUUUGUGUGGUCCGUCAGAUGUGCGAUCACUUUAAAAUUAAGUGCUUCUCUGUGCCGAGAGAUAGAAUUAAAUAA